AUGAGAGAUCGACCCAAUGACCCUCACGGCGGUAUCCUCAUAGCCGCAAAGAAGCAUCUCCACCUGACUGACAUCAAGGUAAGCAGCCACUUGGAAACGAUGAGCGCCACCUUCAAAGCUGACAAGAAGAAUGUACACAUAGCAGUGUUCUACAGACCACCAAACAAAGUAGAUGAAGAGUACCUCAGGCAUGUACGAGAGGAAUUCAAUACUCUAAAACUCAUGGCCAAAAAGAAUAUCCUUAUCAUUGCAGGCGACUUCAACUUAACAGAUAUAGAUUGGAAACAUCUUUCCAUAAGCAGCAACCAAUACUCAUCAGGGGUAAAUCAGACAUUUCUAGACAUAGUCUCUGACUUUCCAACACCAAGAAAAACCAUCCUUAAGAAAGAUCUAGACAGAUACAAACGUCUCCAGAAGGAGGUCCAAUACUUAACAAGAAAAGCAGACAAGACAUAUCUGACAAAGGAUCUGAGUGGCAACCUCAGAGAAGAUUCCAAGAAGUUCUUCUCUUACAUUAAGAGCAAAGGCCAGGAAUCCUCCGGAGCAGCCCCACUAAAGAACAAAGAUGGCUUCCUGCAGAGCAACAGCAAAGCAAAAGCCAACAUCCUCAAUGACCAGUUUGUUUCGGUAUUUACCAGAGAAUACAAGACUAACAUGCCAGAUAAAGGUCCAAGGCUAACUCCAACCAUGGACAAAAUAAAAGUUGACUGGAAAGGGGUACACAAACUAUUAUUAAACCUCAACACACACAAGGCAUGCGGACCAGAUGAAAUUUCAUCGUUCAUCCUCAAAACAGCAGCAAAUGAAUUAGCACCAGCCCUUGCAAAAUUAUUUCAACAUUCAAUUAACUCCGGAGAAGCCGACUGGAGAGAAGCAUCAGAAGUGCCACUAUUCAAGAAAGGCGACAGACACCAGGCAGCAAAGUACAGGCCAGUGUCCCUCACAUCAAUAACGUGCAAGCUACUUGAGCACAUAGUCAAUAGCAGUGUGAUGACCCACUUCGACAAGCAAGAUGUCCUAUGCGACAACCAGCACGGCUUUAGGAAACGACGCUCCUGUGAAAGUCAAUUCCUUACAACAAUACAAGAGAUAGCCUCCACUGCUGCAAAAGGGAAACAGGUCGAUAUCAUCCUUCUUGCCUGCUGCAGAAGCUUGAUCACUACAGGGGUCAGAGGUAACACCAAGAUGUGGAUCAAGUCAUUUCUGAGUCAUCGCACUCAACAAGUAGUCCUGGACGGCGCCAAGUCAGAAACAGUAGAUGUUCUAUCCGGCGUUCCACAAGGCACAGACCCGGCCCAUUGUUGUUUCUGGCAUAUAUUAAUGACCUCCCAGAAUCCAUCAAGACAUCAUCCACCAAAUUAUUUGCUGAUGAUAGUAUGCUGUUCAAGGCCAUUAGUAACGAUAUUGACAGACCGCAACUCCAGGAGGACUUAA